ACUCAGGCCUGGCUGUCCCUCAAGAGUCCAGCAGACAGGAGCCUCCUGCUCUUCCUCCUCCACCUCCCGCAGAGGAGCCACAGAGCCAGAUCCUGUCCAGUCUGCGUCUGGAGAACCAGCUCCUGCGCAGUGAGGUGUCCUCCCUCAACCAGGAGAUGGCUUCAGUCAUCCAGAGAGCAAAAGACUUACAAGACGAGUUGAACCAGGCCCGCAUGCGUGCAGACAGAUGGAACUCGGAGCAGUCUCAGACCGACCGGAUGGUACGGGAGCUUCGGUCAAAGGUUGAUGACCUAACAGAGGCCCUUUCUGCCAAAGAUGGUCAACUCGCAGUCCUAAAAAUCAGGCUUGAUGAAGCCGAUCAGAUGCUGAAGUCCCGCAGUGCCGCAUUAGAGGAGGCACAGAAGGAACGCUCAAG